GACUGACUGCAAAGGCACUGAGCACUUUCGGAUUUCCAGAAAAUUCCAAAUAUUUUCUUAGCAUAAUCAAAAGAGCACUGUCAGGCAACACAAUUGAGCGCGUCUCAAGCACGGCCGGCACUUGGGAUCAGUGAAUGCGAAUAUCAACCACAUUUUAAUACAGCAAACACGCAACAACGACAUGGCCAAAUGGGGAGAGGGUGAUCCACGCUGGAUUGUUGAGGAGAGACCCGAUGCGACCAAUGUGAACAACUGGCAUUGGACGGAAAAGAAUGCGACGCCCUGGUCCAAAGAGCGACUGCCACAGUUGUUUACCGACUUUAAAAUAGAACAACAAGACAUCGAAUGCGUGGUGGAUUCGGUGGACAAGUGCAACGGGGAGGCGACCGUCAACAAUCGAAAGGGCAAAUUGAUAUUCUUCUACGAAUGGGAGCUGGUGCUCAAGUGGUCCGGCCGCCUGCUUAAGAACAGCAAUCUGAGCCACAAGGGCAAGCUGACCAUACCGAAUUUGUCCGAGGAGAACGAUCUGGAGGACGUGGAGAUCACGGUGACCAUUGACGAAUCGAACGACGAGUCGGAGACACUCAAACAAUUCAUGUACAACGAGGGCAGAGAGCGCAUACGCUACCAGCUGGGCGUCUACAUCAAGGAGCUGAAGGAGGAAUAUUCCAAGAACUUGAUACUACCAAAGAAGGACGCCAACAGCAGCGACUCGACUGCGGAGGCAAACGAUGCCAAGAAUGCGAAAAAUGCGGCCCAAAAGGCUGCGUCGCUCCCAUCAGCCGCCGCCGUGCCCAAAUCAUCCUCCAACAGCGCAACGCGCAGUGUCGGCUGCAAGCUGGACGUGCGCACGCUCUCCAUGACCGAGGAGUUUCAUUGCAAUGCCAAUGAUCUCUACAACGCGCUGACAAAGCCCGAAAUGGUCACUGCAUUUACACGUGCGCCCGCCAAAGUGGACGCCGUACGCGGCGGCGAAUUUGUGCUCUAUGGCGGCAAUGUGCUUGGCAAGUUUGAGGAACUGGUGCCCGAAAAGAAGAUCCAACAGAGCUGGCGUCUGAAAAACUGGUCAUCUGGUCACUACUCGAAUGUCGUCAUCGAACUGGAGGAAACUUCUUCCAGCACGAUGAUGACGCUUAAGCAGACCGGUAUUCCCGCCACCGAAUAUGAUGCGAUGAGGACAAAUUGGUAUCGAUACUAUUGGCAUAGCAUCAAGCAAACCUUCGGAUUUGGCUCCUCCAUAUCUGAUGCCUUAUAAGCUGCACCAUGAGCACAUGGACACUGGCCAGGCCUAAAUGCUUAUUAUCACACGAGUUCCAUUCUACAGCGCUGCAAAUUGAUUUUCACCACCUUUAAGCUAUCAUUUCUGUGCGGCUGCGUGCCGGCGCACUUUGUUAACACUUGAAUACGGCAUGAAAACUUAUAGACGGAAACACUGUUCGACAGCAGCAGCAGCAGCAGUAACAAAAAUAUUAAAUAAAUCAACAAAUCAGGUCAUUUAGUCAUUGUUCAAUCUAUGCCACUCACUCGACACUGAUUCACACCUUAUAUAAACGGCGAAAUAAAU